AUUGAGAGAGCCCUUAAUGAAGCGAGCGUGGUCUUUGAGAGCAACAGCCGGCUACUGAAGAGCUACUCGGAUAAGAACUACAAUCGAGCAUUCAACAAGGCGUUCACGGGCUUUCCGAAAAACGCUGACUUCAAUGACGGCCUGUCUGCUCCGCAGCCCGACUUCGUCGAAGGGCUUGGGGUGAAAGAGUUUCACCCGUUACCGAUCAAGGACUAUGUCGAUGGAGCGGUUCUUCACAAGGACCACCCCCAUUCCAUAACAUUGCCGCAUUUGGCUGGAGAGUUCAAGGGGCCAGGAAAGAACCUGAGACACGCGAGGCUGCAGAGCGCCUAUGAUGGGGCGACUCUUGUUCAUGGAAGGAAUCAGGCCCUCGAUUCCCUUGGGGAACCAGCAAUCGCUGGUCAUGCCAAGGUCACAACAUUUACCACGGACGGCACCAAUCUGAACUUAUUUGCCCACUAUGCCGCUCCAUCAGAAGACGGCACAACUAAGUACCACCAGUAUCCCAUCAACUCGACGAUCCUUACGAACUCUCUUCAAGAUUUCAAGCAGGGUUAUAGGCAGCUCAGGAACGCCCAGGACUGCGCAAGGGAAGAGUCCUAUAAGCUUAGGGACCAGCUCAAGGAGCAUUGGAAGGCCAGAAAA